AUGUCAAAGGGACUCUAUCUUAUGGUUUACAUAUCUGAAAAUCUGAAUACAGAGAAUUACAUACCUUAUCUGACUCAGACUAGGCUGGCUGCCCUGAGGAUCAAGCAAAGAACUGUUGCAAGAUCCUUUACGGAGGCUGAAUACAAGGGGUUAGCUAAUGUUUGUGCUGAAGUGAUCUGGGUUAUCUCCCUCUUACGUGAGAUUGGCAUCACUGGGAUUUCAGUUCCAAAUUUGUGGUGUGAUAAUCUUGGUGCUACAUAUCUAUGUGUUAAUCCUAUUUUUCAUGCUCGCACUAAAUAUGUUGAAAUUGACUAUCAUUUUGUGAGAGACAGAGUUGCCAAGGGAGAGAUUCAAGUCAACUUUAUCUCUACCAAAGAUCAACCUGCUGACAUAUUUACAAAAACUUUAGCAGGUCCUAGGUUUGAAACCUUGGGGGGAGGGGGUGGUUUUGCUGCAGCUGCCUUGGGUGGAGGGGGCGGUUUAGCUGCAGCUGCCUUCAGAGGAGGUGGUUUUGCUGCAGCUACCUUCGGUGGAGGAGGUGGUUUGGCCGCUGCUACCUUGGGUGGAGGGGGUGGUUUUGCUGCGGCUGCCUUGGGUGGUGGGGGCGGUUUAGCUGCAGCUGCCUUCGGAGGAGGGGGUGGUUUGGCUGCGACUGCCUUCGGAGGAGGUGGUUUGGCUGCACCGACCUUUGGUAGAGGGGGUGGUUUUGCAGCAGCUACCUUCAGAGAAGGUGGUUUUGCUGCGGCUGCCUUGGGUGGAGGCGGCGGUUUAGCUGCAGUUGCCUUCGGAGGAGGUGGUUUGGCUGCGCCUACCUUAGGUGGAGGGGGUGGUUUUGCUGCGACUGGCUUAUGUGGGGGAGGUGGUAGUGGAUCCGAGGGUAAGGCCAAUACCUUGAGAGCUGGUGCGGGAGGAGGGGGUGGAGGAGGUUUAGGCUUUGCUUCGGGAGGAAUAGAAGGUGGAGGAGGUUUAGGUUUAGGCUUUGCUUCGGGAGGAAUAGAAGGUGGAGGAGGUGGAGGAGGUUUAGGUUUAGGCUUUUCCACGGAAGGUGCGGGAGGAGGGGGUGGAGGAGGUUUAGGUUUUGCUUCGGGAGGAAUAGAAGGUGGAGGAGGUGGAGGAGGUUUAGGUUUAGGCUUUGCCACGGAAGGUGCGGGAGGAGGGGGUGGAGAAGGUUUAGGCUUUGCCACGGCAGGUGCGGGAGGAGGGGGUGGAAGAGGUUUAGGCUUUGCUUCGGGAGGAAUAGAAGGUGGAGGAGGUGGAGGAGGUUUAGGUUUAGGCUUUUCCACGGAAGGUGCGGGAGGAGGGGGUGGAGGAGGUUUAGGCUUUGCUUCGGGAGGAAUAGAAGGUGGAGGAGGUGGGGGAGGUUUAGGUUUAGGCUUUUCCACGGAAGGUGCGGGAGGAGGGGGUGGAGGAGGUUUAGGUUUUGCUUCGGGAGGAAUAGAAGGUGGAGGAGGUUUAGGUUUAGGCUUUUCCACGGAAGGUGCGGGAGGAGGGGGUGGAGGAGGUUUAGGUUUUGCUUCGGGAGGAAUAGAAGGUGGAGGAGGUGAAGGAGGUUUAGGUUUAGGCUUUGCCACGGAAGGUGCGGGAGGAGGGGGUGGAGAAGGUUUAGGCUUUGCCACGGUAGGUGCGGGAGGAGGGGGUGGAGGAGGUUUAGGCUUUGCUUCGGGAGGAAUAGAAGGUGGAAGAGGUGGAGGAGGUUUAGGUUUAGGCUUUUCCACGGAAGGUGCGGGAGGAGGGGGUGGAGGAGGUUUAGGCUUUGCUUCGGGAGGAAUAGAAGGUGGAGGAGGUGGAGGAGGUUUAGGUUUAGGCUUUGCCACGGCAAGUGCAGGAGGAGGCGGUGGAGGAGGUUUAGGCUUUGCUUCGGGAGGAGGAGAAGGUGGAGGAGGUUUAGGUUUAGGCUUUGCUGCGGGUUGCAUUUCAAAACCUUGUGUCAAAUUAUCACUUACACUCUCACCAUUCUCCCCGGUAACCACUAUAAAUGAAGAUCCAACAAGCAGCACAAUAACCCAGAGGUUAGCCAACACCAGAAAACCCUUUGUUCCCUGGAAAAUACCCAUCUUUGCUUGGCUACCCACUUUAUCUUCUUCACUUCACUCACUUACAUAAAAACCCUGCAUGCAAAACCAGUAUUUAUAGCA